AUGUUGGUGUCCAGCGAGCUUCCGAUCGGCUUUGCCGAGGCCCUCUUGGCCAUCGCUGCCACAAUCAGCGUCGAAUCCCUGAGUGAUAUCGACGAUGAGGAAGAGGGCAACGACGAGUCUGCCUUUGAGAUUUUGCAGGUCAAGUUUGGUUACUUUGGAUGGGCGUGUUCUACCUUCUUCUUGAUCCUGCUCCUACGCCGCUUUAGCCUCUAUGUGUUUCGCUUCAUCCCGAAAGCCAACGAGGGCAUCCAAGCCUUGAACUGCGCCGAGCUUUGUUUCAUUUGCUUGCUGCCCUUUGCAUCCAGCUUGGGAAGCAGCAUUCGGACGCUUCAAGACUCCAAAGUCUCUGCCAGCAUGAUCUUGGGUGCUCUGCUUUGCAUCCAAAUCACUCGACUCCUUCUUCUCCAUCAUGCUGCUCGCCACAAUCUCUGGAGUGAGCCAGAGGAUGAGGAUGGCCAAGAAGCAGACGAAACAGAGGCAAACAAUUCUACGGGCCUGGUAGAAACCUCAGGCAAUGGGAGCCUCGUCCACGGCAGCGAACGCCAGCCCCUAAACCAGAUAGACGGCGCAAUGAGCAGUCCGAUGGCCUCUGACGCCGGCAUCGACUCUGCCGCCAGGCGUCGUGCUGCAGUGGAGCUGGAAUACACAAUUUGUGUGCGCCGCGUCCUAUUCCAGGCUGUCCUCGUUCUGGUUUUGUUUGGAUUAGCCAUCGUGUUUGGCUCCCUAGCGCUCCUUGGCCUCCUGCCCUUGUUUUUGAUGGAUCGCAUAACCCGACAAGUUGGUCUCAUUCCAGCUUCACACUUUGAGCGUGUCAAUUUCGACAAAAAACGCUAUGAGCUUUUUCGAGAUGCGGUGUAUUCGAUCAUUGGAAGCAUCUUGGCGUUGAGCCUCGAUUCGGAUCAGUUCUUUGCUGCUCAUCACGGCGCCCUCAAGCAGGUCUCUGUGCUCAUGGCUUACUUCAUAAGCUUUUAUAUUGCUGCUUCGUUCUAUCUCAACAACGUCGCGCUCGUUGCCCAUCUCAAGUCUCUACAUGGUGCGGUGGUGCCGUCUUGA